GAAAUCACCGAACUGAGCGAUGGCGAAGCAAGGGACGAUGGAGAGGAUUGCCUGCGUGAAGAAACCCACAAGGACCAUCCUUCGCCCUUUCGGGUGCAUGGUGCCUUGAUCUUGGCGCAGGUGAUUUUUGGUGCUGCCUCCGUGGUAGGCAAGUUGGGCGUCGAGCGGUUCAACCCGCUGCUCUUCGCAUUGCUCCGCGAAGGUGUGUCCGGACCCGUGCUGCUGGUCAUGGCCCUGUGUCAUGAUGGCUGCCUUCAACCCGGCGACUGGAAGUUGUUGGCGGCCCUUGGCCUCUGCGUGUUUUCGGGCCAAGCCUUUGCGAUCCUGGGGAUCAAGCUUGCGGGGCCCGUCAUCGGGAGCGCAUGGCAGUGCUCCCAGCCCAUCUUCACCUUGACGAUCAGCUUGGCCUUGGGAUGGGAGCCACCCACCUGGCGCAAAGUCAGCGGGAUCCUUUUGUCCUUUUUCAGCGGAGCCUUUCUGGUGGUCUAUGGUCACCAAACUGGUGACGCUGGCGCCAUCGGCAACAUCUUCCUGGCACUGAACUGUUUGGGCACCUCCUUGUAUGUGAUCUUCGCCAAGGUCGCCUUGCGGCGCUAUCCCACUCUAACGGUGACGGCUUGGGGCAUGAUGGCCGCCAGCUUGAUGAUGGCGGUUUUGGCCGGGAGCCUGAACAACAACUGCGCGGUUCUUUCCUUUGUUUGCCCGCCUGAGGGGAACGAGCACGACUUUACAUGCGGCAGCUGGAAAGCCUCUUGUUUGCCUUGGCACGUGCCGGGCAGUGCAUUGCUGCCCUUGACGUACUUUAUCUUGGGGAACAGCAUCGGGUCUUACUUGCUGAUCACUUGGGCCAACAGCUACGCCAGGCCUGGCUACGUCUUGGCCUACACUGCCCUCCAGCCCUUCACCAGUACGGUGCUGAGUGUGCUGCUGAUCGUAGGAUGGGAGGUGGAGGGUUUGGAGAUGCCGGGAUGGAACGGCCUGGGAUGUGUCGGCAUCUUGAUGGCACUGGUGCUGCUGCUUCUGGAUGGCAAACGUCAACAUGAGGAGCUAGCGGCCUCGGCAGGGCUGAAGACACAGGAGCUGCGGGUGGCACAGAUCCAGCAGGGCCUGAUGCAGAGCCUGGCGGGGCAGGGCCCCAAGUUUCACCCGGCGCCCCCCGCGGAGCCUUCGGACGCCGCGAGCGCCCGGCGCAACGUUCGGGUCUCGGUGCGGGAGCUGUGCUCCAGCAACGCGGGCUUCAACGCGGAGCUCCGGGACUUGCGCCUGGGGUCGUUUCGGGAGGCGAAGCGAGUCGGUCUCCCAAGCCUUGGGCAACGCGCAGUGGCUGAAUCCCAGCAGCGGCACACGGAGCUCUCCGGGCAGGUGUCCGAGCUGCAGGGCGGCCUGGAGAGCGCGGCGGGCCGCUGGGCCCUGGAGGCCGCGGAGAUGCGGCAGACGGCGCGGACGGCGCAGCGGGAGAACCAGAAGGCGGUGGAGUCCCUGACGCAGCUGGCGCAGGAGGCCAAGGCCUCCCUGGAGCUCCACGAGGCGCGCUUGGCGCGGCUCGCGGAGGACGAGGACCAGACCCGGGAGCUGGCGCGGGGCAUGGCCUCCGCCGCCGCGGAGGACGCCCUGCAGCGCGCCAGCGAUCAGUGCCAGCAGUCCGUGGAGCAGUUGCGGUCCCAGUGGCAGGCGGAGCUGGCUCAGAGCUGCGCCCAGACCGCGGAGAUGAAGGAGGCCUUGGGUGCAGAGCUGCAGGAGGUGAAAAGCUCCUUCGCACAAGUGGAGACUGAGGUGCUUGCCGCCUGCAGCAGCCACCGGCAAGCGCUGCAAGGCAUGCUGGAGGAGUUCGCCGGGCUCUGGCGCCAGUGCCAGAAGCGGAGCUGCGACCUCCACGACCAGCUCAAGGACUUUCAGCAGCUAGUGUUGGGCCACCAACGUCAGCAGCAGGAGGCGAUGGAUAGCGACAUGCAAGACUUCCGGGUGCAACUGGACAAGGUCAUCUGGCAGAAGAGCCUCGGAGACUGGCCCCGGGCCGAAGGGGCUGAAGUGGUGUCAAGCAUGGAGGACGUGCAGCGGCACUGCCGUUGGUUGGCAGAGCACGCGCGAAAGGAUGCUGACGUGAAGCUGGCCACCGUAGAGUCAAAGCUUCAGCAAGAGUCCAAGGAGCUGCGGGCGGGUCUGGCGAGGCUGGAGCAAGGCCUCAGCGGGCGCAAGUCCGAUCCCGAGGGCGCGAGAUCGCAGGUCUUGGAGCAGAUGCAGAGCAGCAUCCAGAGCUUGUAUGGGGAAGUGGAGGUCUCUGCUACGAACACCGUGCGGAUCAACAAGUCCCUGAAGCACAUGGAGGCGGUGGUGAAGGACAUGUCCGUGAGCGUGGCGCAAAACUCGGAGCGCAUCGAGCAGCUCCGGGCCUCCGCAAACUCGGGGAACUCCGCGGCCGACCGCAAGCGGGUGGACGCGCUGUUCCGCCACGUGGAGGGUCUGAAGACGGACCUUGCGGCCAUGGACAGGACGGAGAGGAGCAAGCCAGGCACUCUGGCUACCAUUUACGAGCCCCGUGCGCGGAUCGCCUGA